GUUACACCGUGACUAAUCUCAAUCAUCUGCUCCGCCGUGACUUCUCCGUGUGUGCGACCGGAAUUUAAACAUGACGUUUUGAUGGAAACUGCUUAUGACAUCACCGGGACCCGCUGCACUACCCGGGCUGGCACGCGAAUCGGGGGACGACGAGUGCGCGAUGUAAAUGUCCAUCGACGCGUGAUCGCGGGCUUCUGUCGUUUUCACAAUUAACGCCACACCUAAGUCACGCGAUUUAUUUAUCGCGAACCCGCCAGGCACGUACGCACCGCAGGAGGAGGCCUCUUUUUUUUUUCCCUCCCCCCUCGAGAUACCCGCGGCAUCGGCGUGCACGAGGAUGCUCCAUGUAACUUGGCUGUGAUUAUACGUAAUUUCUGUCCUCUGUAUGUAGACGGUAUUCCCUGCCGGAGAUCGCACAGGUGUGUAGAAACGCUCGGAUCUCCGAAUCUCCGUAGAGAGGCGAGGAUCCUCAAGGGCGAAACGUCUCUAUGAGACCACCUUCUCGUAGCGUUGAGCAGAUCUACGCGUAGAGCGUGCUGCGGCAAAAAAAGUUGUAUUCAUGCCUUUUUGUCUGAGAGGUAACGCAAGUUGCAAAAUGGAAGAAUAUUCUGUCGCGUCUGACGUGUCGGUGGUGGACGUGUACGACAUCGCGUCGGAGAUAGGGAAGGAAUGCGAGAAGCUCAUAGACCUCUUCGGGGUGGAGUCGGUCACCAAGCUGAUGCCAAAGGUGAUAAACGCUCUGGAGCUGCUCGAGAAUCUCGCCACCAAGAACGAGCGCGAGAAUACCAUGGUGCAGGAGCUGAGCGCCAAGAUCUCUCAGCUCGAGAGCGACAAGAUUGGCAAGGCUGAGGAUAGACAACGAUUCGAAAAGGAACUGGAACAAAUCGAGGAACACUGGAGGCAGGAAUCUCGCGACUUAGUAGCCAUGGUUACUAGACUGCAAGAGGAAAACAGACGAUUAGCCGAAACUCUGCAAGAAUCACGUAGCGACAGUCAGUACAGCAGUAAACAAACAACUAUCACGGCUAGUCAGGAGGUUGAUGUAGCAGUUCUGCAACAUUUGAGGUCCAUGAUAGAUAAACAACGAGAUCAGAUUCGUGCCAGAGACCGAGAGUUGUCGCAAAAAACUGCAGAGAUUGAAAAUUUGAGUGCGCAAGUGGAGACGCUUACCGUACUGGGGCGGGAAUUAAAACGUAAACAACGACAAGCGCAAAUGCAAGCCCGCGGUUUAGUAGAAGAAAGGGCCGACUUUUUGGCUCAGCUGCAAGAUCAGAAUCGGGAACUUAUAAAUCUUCGAGGACGGCUUGGAAUGGCUAGGAAAGAAAAUGAGGAUCUGAGUAAACUGCAGGGCUGUCCUGAUUUGACGAACAAAGCAAUUUAUGACCUAGACGAUCCUGAUAGACCAAGAUUUACCACCGCCGAGCUAAAAGAAAUCUUGCACGAGCGAAAUGAAUUGAAGGCAAGAGUCUCGGAUCUCGAGGACGAAUUAGAAUUGUACCGACCAAAACCUGAAAUUCCUGAGGAUGACAAGGAUGCACCUGUGCAGGGACCGCUUCCUUAUGAACCGGAUGAUGCACCGUGGAAAAAAUCCUCUGAAUCUGGAAUUCGUAAAUUCUUCCGAAAAAUAUUCUCCGAGUCCAGCAGCAGCUUUCUUGGAGGCAGCAGUCCCAGACGAAGUCUUUCUAGUCUUUCAAAGAUGGCCCUAUCUGGUAGCAGUACCUGUGAUACGUCUAUAUAAUGCUUUUUUAAAAAUGCGUUGGAUAAUUUUAAGUGAUUAGGACCUGUCGUGGACGACAACCAAGGACGAUGUCGCUUAGGACUAGACUUUUUAUUUACACAACCACGUUCUCUGACUGCUCGAUAUACAAACGAUUUUACAUAGACAAUUUUAACGUAGAUAACAAUUCCUGUAACAAGGAUAGUUGAUAUUAUUGAGACCUGGUUCAUAGUAGAUAGAUGUGCAUGCAAUGACUGAAUAGGAAACACUAGAUUUGUAUAAACCUAUAAUAUGAAGGAAGAGACUUGUGUGCAUGUAUAUACUUGUAUGGAUGUAAAAAAAGGAGAAUGUGUAUUUAGCUGCAUCAGUACACAUCACGUAAAUUUUCUCAUUUUUUCCAUCUACUCCCCUUUAGAUGUUGAAACUGAUAGGCAUGUAGGAUAUUCGUAAUGCAUGUAAGAAAAAGACAGUAAUACAAUUAGAAAAGAACAUUCAUUUUUUUAAAAACUAUUAGGUGCAUAUAGUUUUAAUCGUGCAUUGAUGAGGUUCUAAUUGUGUCUAAUGUGAAACAGGUCUCAUUCUUUCUAUAUAUAUAUUUAUAUAUACACACGCAGAUACCAAAGUAUCCGAUUAUUGUUUGCUAAGCUUUCAAAGAGAUUUAUAUUUUAUCUUUCGAUAUUUUUCUUUAUUUUAUCGAUUAUUCUAUAAAUAAAUAAAUCUAUUUUACUGUGUAAUUUUUAGAGUAAAUUCCAUGUUGAGGAAAUUGCAGUAGGUUUUUAUAUUUUACUUCUUUCUAUGUUUAUUAUUGUUUUAUAGUAUUGUAUCAAAAUGCAUUUAUGAUAUAAUUAGUAAAACACAUAACAUUCGAAUUUCUUGUUUAUCUUUUUUACAUCGAUGUAAGCAAUAACAUAUCUAUAUUCAUAAUUCUUUUAUCUCAUUUACAAUUAUUUGCGGAUACGAUACUGAAUCUAAUAUAUCUCACAAUGUGACAUAAAUAUAUCUGAUAUAUUUCUGUGCCAUGUGUUAAUGUAAAAAUGAAUGAGAGUAUUUUUCUUUCCAUGUUGUAAUUGUAAUUGUAAAUAUACUCAUAAAACACACGUUAA